AUGAGCGCUCUCACCAACGAUGGCUCGAGUGCCAUUCAACAAACAGUUUCAGUCUCGGACUCGCAUUCCCAUAGCAGCUACGUGUGUUUGAGUAGGCAUUUGGAGGAGUAUACGGUUGAACAAUUUGAUGAGUGUUAUAAAAUUGCGGAAAGUGUGGAUAUUAUCAUUCGGAAUAGAUUCAAGACGGUGGCAUUACAAUUUCCCGACGACUUGUUGAUGGAUGCUUCUUUGGUAUCUUUUCAAUUGAAAAAUCAUUAUCGUCGAAGAAUGGAAAGAGAUCAAUCCAAUGAUGAUACCAUGAAAAGAACAAAUGAAAGUAAUCAUGAAGAGCCUCCUGUCGGGGAUAUUGAGGAUUUCAAUACUCAUUCAACGCUAUCGUUGCUUUCUCAGCUUUCUAUAAAUUCAGAAUAUACGAAACAGCAUCAUCUAGGAAAUGAUUCGAAUCACUUGAGAGUAUAUAUAUUAGGAGAUACCUCGUAUGGAAGUUGCUGUGUGGAUGAGGUUGGAGCACAACAUAUUUUGGCAGAUUUUAUUAUUCAUUACGGAAAUGCUUGUCUUCAACCAGUCAAGCGAACACCAGUUUUUCACGUUUUUGGAGUCAAUUAUAAAUUGGAUGCAAACGAAUGUGCAAAAGCAUUGAACAAUUUUGUGGAAGAAACUCCUGAGGGAGAAGUAAUUGUUAUUUAUGACUUGGUAAAUUAUGAGAGAAUUAAGAAAGACCUGAUACCGCUCGUACAGUCACCAAGAGUUGUGUUUUCAAAAUUAUUCGAGUCCAGAGUACUUCAGAACAUAUCAGGGAACACCACCACAGAAAUUUCUGAGAAUGAAACCAAAAUUAGUAACCAAAUAUUUCCAAAACCAAGUGAGAAGGCAAGAUUCUUUUUUAUUGGAGAGUUAGGAUCUUUUAUCACUCAAUUCAUGAUGGAAUAUAAUACUCACUCGUUUAAGGUUUAUUCUGGCUACAAAAACAAGAUUGAAAAUGAUAGCAUGUCAGCAAAGGAGGCUCAAGUUUUUGGAAUUUUAGUGGCUACAGUAUCUGUUGAGAAUUAUUUGAAAAUGGUGGAAUAUGUGAAACGUCUCAUCAUCGACAACAAUAGAAAAUUCUAUCUAUUUUUCGUAGGAAAAUUGAAUGUGCCCAAGCUGGCUAAUUUUAUGGAGAUUGACAUGUUUGUCCUUAUUGGAUGCUCCCAGAACUCGCUUAUUGAAUCUCGAGAAUAUGUGAAACCAAUCAUCACUCCUUUCGAACUAGAAUUAGCGUUGAAAUAUGGCAAAGAAUGGACAGGUUACUAUCAAUUGGAUUUCAAUAGACUUUUCGAGGAUGAAAAUCAUGAGUCUCAUACUCCAGUACUACAAGAUGACACAGAGUCAUAUUCUGUCUCAUUAAUUUCAGGUUCUGUUUACAGAGUUGGAAAAUCAACAGCAUCUUCACAAGAAAUCCUCAAGAGCAAAGACGAUGGUAAAUCUCUUGUCCUACAAGAACAACAACAACGUCAGCUUGUUCAAUCUCAAUACACUCCCUCCAUGCUCUUUUUGAAAAACAGAACCUACAAAGGUUUAGGCCAAGAUGCAGACGAAGACCACCAGAAUGAGGGUGACAAUCCUCCAGCGACCUAUGCCACUAUUGAACAAGGACGAAGUGGAAUUGCAUCCUCCUAUUCUGACGAAAGACAUUGA